UCCUGGGGAGUAUGGGAUGAGCAAAGCUGGCCUCGUCAGGGGCUGCCUGGAGCGUUUCCCACCAUGAAUGGGUUCCCAAACUGCUCUGCCAACUACACCAAGAUCUGGAGUCAUUACCUGGUGCUGGCCCUGGGCAUCCCCCAGCUGACCAUCAACGUGGCCUCCAUCAUCUUCAACUGCACCGUCAUCUUCACCCGCCUGGCCACCAGGGACCUGCACAAGCCCAUCUCCAUCCUCUUCUGCAACCUGGCUGUCUCUGACCUCUUCACCAGCUUCUCCGGCUUCUGGAUCUCCAUGUUCUUCAUCACCAACCCCGACAUCACCAUCUUCGGCUCCCAGGACAUGCUGGCUCCCUACGCCCUCUACACCACGUCUAUCUUAUCCACCAUCUACAACCUGGUGAGCAUCGGCAUCGAGCGCUACCUGGCCGUGGCCGAGAGCAUGAGGACGAGGUUCAGGGUGGCCAGGAACCACUCCAUCGCCGUGGUCUUCAUCAACUGGGUCCUGGCUUUCUUCCUGGGCUGCCUGCCACUGAUGGGCUGGAACUGCCUGCACGCAGAGAGGAACAUCUCGGUGCUCUACAGCCCCUUCUGCGUCAACUACCUCGUCUUCAUCGCCAUGCCCAACGUGGCGCUGGCCUUCCUCGUGCCCCUGUUCACCUACCUGAGGAUCAUCAUCAUCCUGAGGAAGAGGAAGCUGAGGAUGCAGGCGUGCGGCCAAGCCACGGGCACCUACAAGUCAGCAGAGACGCAGGUGGCCAGGACCAGCAUCUCCAUCUGGCUGCUGGCGCUGGUGUCCUACGCGCCGUUCUUCGCCGGCGUCAUCUUCGACGCCGCCAACCAGCGCUGCCACACCGACCUCUACCCCGGGGUGUACAUCUUCAGGAACUGCACGGCCAUGCUGAUCACCAUCACCUGCCUGGGCAACCCCAUCCUCUACACCCUCAAGUUCAGGGCGCUGGGGGCCAAGUUGAAGGCGCUGCGCUGCCUCUCGGCCAACCGCGUGCGGGCCUGCACCAUCGAGAACAUCUAACCAGGAACAGGGAUCCAAACGCGCACGGCAGGUCACGGUGGGCUCAAAAACCCGAGUGGACGUGGCCCUUGAGGGAGUUUGGUGGUGGAUGUGGUGGGUUGGUGAUCUCAGAGGCCUUUCCCAGCCUUGGCAGCUCUGUGGUUCCCUGCCUGGCUGCAGAACCAGCCCGGGGA